AUGUCCACCAAUCUCGUCGACAUUAUGGCCGAGCGAGCUGAGGAGAAAGUCAUGAGGUCGAUCAAAGUCAUCGCUGCAGCACCAUGCCCAGUACACCGCGAGGCCUUCGCCUGCAGCUGUGCCGUGGCCAUGGCCACCAUGACCGACUGGGAUCACGUCUGGUGCAAACGCAUCUGGUGCAACAUGACCUUCGAGACCGAGCUUCUAAGCAAAGACCACGCCUGGACCUACACCGGUUCAAGGGAGUCGCACGACAUCUUCACCACCGCCGAGGGCAUGACGCCCGAACAAUUCGUCCGCAAACAAGUUCAGGAGGGCAUCAUGAAGCACUUCCUCGCGCCGAGUGGAAAACUCAAUGACACUACCCAGGCGAUGCUCGAGUUGUGGAUUGCCAGGAAUCAGCAGUGGCGCGAGAUGUAUGGGACUCGAGACGUGGCAACGGAGAAGUGGAUCGAGGAGGCAUAUCGUGAUGCUCCUAUGCAGAACGUUCCAAAGGAGGCGACUCCAGCAGACGCAAAGGUCGGUGACGUGGUGAAUAUCACAGAGAUGGUGCCAUCCCAAAUCGUCAGCAUGGAGACAGCGGAUCGCCAACACGGGUUUGCGGCAACGUUCACGGAGCUACAGCCAGCGGACACGAAGGGAUGGACGCCGUAUGGGGGGUGUGUUGAGGAAGUGAAGCUCUGUCAUCCUGGCUGUAAGGUGGGCAAGGCUAUGUUUGAGGCAAAGCUCAAAGACGCUUCGAAGAUCGCUCUCGACUUGCUUGAGCCACGCCAGGGUGAGGUGAGAUUCAAGCUAGUGGUAUACGGCCCAGAGAGGCCACCAGCAUGA